AUGUCUUUCCCGGGCCGCGGGCCCCAGCGGGCCCCGGGCCCCCAGCAGGGCGGGGGGGAUCUGAACAGCGCUGAGGCAGCACUGAACCACUCUGAGCUCUUCAGGGCAGAGUGCAAGAGGCUCUUAUCUGAUUUUGACAAAACAUGCAAACGCAUGCAAGAUGAUGAAAAACAGCAACUUGAUCAGCAGGUCAGAAAGAUGCAGUUUGUGAAGGAGGAGUUGGAGCUGAAGCUGGAGCAGAUGAUUCUGGAGACUGAUGUCCUCUCAGCCUUACAUAGCAGAGGGAUGAAAGCCCUCAACGCCAGCAAAGAGUCUCUGAGAGUCACCAAUCUCUGUCUGGAGGAGAGAAGGAAAAGUCCCGUGUGUGAGCGUGAUGCGGCGCAGGGCGAGCUGCUGAAGGAGAGGCAGGUGACGGAGGGGGCGGCCUCCCUUCUGCAGAAGGUGCUCCAGCAGCUCACCGAGCAGACACGACUGAAUCGAUCUGCAAAGUACUAUUUAGAACAGGAUCUAAAAGAGUUAUCUACAGCUCAGGGCGUGGAUUACUCCUUAAUGAACAGCCGUUACACCAACAACCUGCAGAUGUCUGAACACAACAACGCUGGCCAACCAAGUGUGGCAGUGACUCCUGAGCAGAGUGAGAACGUCUCGUACAUGAACCUAGCCAAGGCGGAGCAGCAGCAGAGCAGCUCCGUGUCCCUGCGGGCUCUGGUGGAGUCCGUGCUGGAGCAGACUGCUGCCGACAUGCACAAGCAGUUCCAGGCUACAACAGCAGCCAUCCAGCAGAACGCUCAGGACAUGAAGGUUGCCAAGAGCCAGGUGGAGGAUAAACUGCCUAAGAUCCUGAGCGAGAUUAUGAGCCAGCAGAGCAUCAGAGAGGAUCUCCAAGUGGCCGUCAGAGAGAAUGAGCAUCGUUUGAGUUUGGUCCAGGACCGGUUGAGACCCGGCAGAGAGCACGAUGCAGCAGAGAGCCGGCUCCUCGCUGAGCUGAAGCAGCUCACUACUCACAUCCACAAACUGCAGGAGGGACUGGUCCAGUCUCAGGAGAAAGAGAGGGAGCUGCUUCGCUGCCAGCUCCAGCUGCAGGAAAACAUCCACACUAAAGACACUUGUCUUUACAUUGACAGUGUGGUCUGUAUGCAGCACAGGGAUCUCAUUACAAUACAAAACUUCUAA